GACGUCAUCGUGCAUUGCAUGACGUACACUACGUGCGCCGAGAACCAGGAAGCGUGAUGGCGGUGGCUCAGCCGAGGCUCGAGAAAGAGGGCGAUGAUUGCUCUUUGCUGCCCUUAGUCCACGACAUUAUCAAAUGCAUGGACAAGGACAGCCAGGACGUCCACCAAGAACUUGCUAAGCUGAAGUCGAGGAUCCAGGAGGCUCGGGAGCAGAUCUCCACCAUGCCCGGAGUAGACAGCAGUCCACAGGAACAGCAGCAGCAGCUGGCCACGCUGCGGGAGCAGGUCCGCACUAAGAACCAGCUCCUGCAGAAAUACAAAAGUCUGUGCAUGUUUGAAGUACCAAAAGCAUCUUGAACCGAGGGCUGGAUCACUGAACUGACGGAUGAAGCGAACAGACCGAUGAACUGAUGUAGCAGAUUCUAGCGGAUGGGGCAGACGUUUAAUACGCAAGGACUUAUAUUUAUAAUGCUUCACUGUUUUGCAGUAGCUUCUAGUAAGCAUGACAGUGUUGCCCUUUAAAAGUAUUAUUUUCAGUAUGGAUUUCUCUUUUUAUAUCUUGUAAUAUCUUUGUUUUGCAAUAAAACAAACUUUUGAACUUA